GAGAGGGGGCGGCGCGGAUUUGGCUUUCCGUUAGUUUGAGAGACUUGGCGUCGGUGACGCUGAGUGGACACCGGGUGCCCCGCCGUGUCCUCCGUCCUCCCGCUGCAGGGCUCAGAGGCCCAGCAUGGCUCCGAGUUACGUGUGCGAGCCCCAGAGUGAAGGCCCCCCGAACAAAAAACGACACAGCCGCAAUGGCAGAGCGGCUUUGUCCGCGCGCCCCUAAGGCUGCCCGGGGUGGCCGUCGCCUCUCAGGCUUGCCCCUCCGGUGGCGAGAAGUUUCUCUGUCCGCGGCUUUCCGUUUCCAGCAGGCUGUGUGUGUGGAAGUGGUGGGGGGGAGUGACUGGUCGCGGGGGUGUGUCCCGAGGCCGCGUCGCCCAGCACCUUCGUCCUUCAUCCAGAUCUUGUUCCUCUUCUGGAGGCGAGGGAGUCAAAUGGAUGGAGGAAACGUUGCGUUACGUAGAAACUCAACAUUCCUGUUAUAUAUGUGGAAAAAAAAAUUAGCCAAGUUACUUUCUCUUUCCUAUGAAUUGUAAUCCUUAUCUUUCCGAGCGGAGACAUUUACUACUCUUUACUGUGAAAGAGUAAAAAUCAGCUUGGCCUGAAAAGAAGGGGCAGUUCGGUGUUAAUUAGUCCAGGGAGAAGGGACGGAUUCAUGCAGUUAAUAGAAACCAUCACUCAUAGGUUAUGCCUCUGUUGUUAAAUUCAGGCCCAUCCCUUCUUUGUGAGGUUACAGGGUUCUUUUUAAAUUUAUACUUCUCCUAUUUAUAUUUAUGUGAGUACAGGUGCCGGUGGCAGCCAGAAGAAGGUGUCCUGUUCCCAGGAACUGGAGUUACAGAUGUUUGUGAGCCUCCCAUGUGUGUGCUGGGAAUUGAACUUGGAUCUUCUGCAAGAGCAGCCACUGCUCCUAACCGUUGAGCCAUGUCUCCAGCCCCACAGUUUUCCGUAGAGAAACAGCGAAGAGCCGACCAGCUCCUGCAGUUCUAACACUAUGGCCCUGGCCCAGGGUUCAGUGACCUUCAGGGAUGUGGCUGUGGACUUCUCACUGGAGGAGUGGGAAUUCCUGGACUCUGCUCAGAAGAGCCUGUACCGGGACGUGAUGUGGGAGAACUACAGCAACUUCCUCUCUCUGGGACCUUCCAUGUCUAAGAGACUGGAUGAAGACGGGAAGGAGCCUGAGGUAGCUGUGAAAGAAGGGAGAAGACAUUGUCCCGAUUUGGUGUCCAGAUUCCAGACCAAGACUUCCUCUGCAGACAAGGAUAUCUAUGGACUAUAUUCAUUACAGUGGGAGUUGAUGGAGAAAAUUAAAAGCUACAGCCUCCAAGGUUCUGGUCCUAGAGAUGAUUGGGAAUAUGAAAGCAGGGCUGAGCGACAAAAGGAACCACAGGAAGGUUAUCUGGGGCAGUUGAAAAUGACCUCUGAGAAAGGCACGCACAGAAAGCACCGUUUCCUUACCGAGUGCCAGCAGGUUCAGAGUGGAGAAAAGUUCUAUGAAUGUAAAGAGUGCAGGAAGACCUUUAUCCGCCGCUCAACGCUUAGUCAGCACUUAAGAAUCCACACUGGUGAGAAACCGUACAAAUGCAAGGAGUGUGGGCAGCCCUUCAGACAGCGUGCACACCUUAUCCGACACCACAAACUGCACACCGGUGAGAAGCCCCAUGAGUGCAGGGAGUGUGGGAAGGCCUUCACAGUGCUCCAAGAACUCACUCAGCAUCAGCGGCUCCAUACGGGGGAGAAGCCGUAUGAGUGCAGGGAGUGUGGAAAGGCCUUCCGGGUGCAUCAGCAGCUGGCUCGGCAUCAGAGGAUUCACACUGGGGAGAAGCCCUACGAGUGCAAGGACUGUGGCAAGACCUUCAGACAGUGCACACACCUCACCCGGCACCAGCGACUGCACACUUCCGAGAAGCUGUAUGAGUGUAAGGAGUGUGGGAAAGCCUUCGUGUGCGGCCCAGACCUUCGCGUCCAUCAGAAGAUCCACUUCGGCGAGAAGCCCUAUGCCUGUAAGGACUGUGGCAAGUCCUUCAGGAUAUGCCAACAGCUAACUGUCCAUCAGAGCAUCCACACUGGGGAGAAACCCUAUGAAUGUAAGGAAUGCGGGAAGGCCUUCAGGUUGAGGCAACAGCUUGUUCGCCAUCAGAGAAUCCACACCCGUGAGAAGCCCUACGAAUGUCUAGAGUGUUGGAAGACCUUCAGUAGUUAUUCCCAGCUGAUCUCACACCACAGCAUUCAUGUGGGCGAGAGACCCUACGAGUGCCAAGAGUGUGGGAAAGCCUUCCGACUGUACUCGCAGCUCACUCAGCACCAGAGCAUCCACACGGGCGAGAAGCCCUACGAGUGCAAGGAGUGUCGGAAGCCUUUCCGGCUGCUCUCCCAGCUCACUCAGCACCAGAGCAUCCACACGGGCGAGAAGCCCCACGCGUGCAGGGAGUGUGGGAAGGCCUUCCGGCUCCACUCAUUCCUCUCUCAGCACCAGCGCAUCCACAGCGGAGAGAAGCCCUACAAAUGUAAGGGGUGUGGGAAGGCCUUCAGACAGCACUCGCACCUCACCCAGCAUCAGAAGAUCCACAGUGCAACUUAAAACCUCAGUUCUGUGUUAGGUUGCAAAAUAUCAGGAAACCCAUUUUUGAGAAUAAUUUGUUUCAUGCUUACAAGUAAGCAUAAGAAAGACGGUGGUGCUUUAAAAACCCUCCAUUCUCACCUGUUACCUAUCUUCAGGAAAUUCCUAUGAAAGAAUAAUCUGAUGAAUGUAGGAAAGUCUUUAGCCUUAUCUGCCUCCAUCUCCUUCUGGCUACACUCUUCCCACUGUGAUUCUGGACAGGACACUAAAUAUCAAUGCCUUGUUUCCUGCACUGUUGGAAUGGUGAUGAUAGUACCUAUAUGUGCUAUUUAUUGGUAUGUAACAAAUUACUAGAAAUCAGUAGUUUAAAUAAUAUACAUUUAGUAUCUAAAGAUUUCUAUAGUUCAAGAGUCCAGGAAAGCCUUAGUUGGGUCUUUGAAGUUGCAACUGAGGCUGGCUUUCAUCUGAAGGCUUAACUAGAGAAGUACCCAUAUCGAAGGUAACAGGUUAGACACCUGAGGCACCUGAAUUCUUUGAGAGCGGAUACAUUGAAAUCCUCAGUUUCUGGAUGGCCAUUGGCAGAAAGAUGAGUGAGGUUCCUGGCCACCUUGACCAUCCCAGUGUGGCUGUUGGUUUGUUGGAUUUUUUUUUUUUAAAUUUUAGGUGGGGUUUCUUUGUACAUCCCUGACUAUCCUGGAAGUUACUCUGUAGACUAGGCUGGCCUUGAACUCACAGAAAUUCACCUGCUUCUGCCUCCAAGUGCUGGGAUAAAAGGCGUAGCUGCUGUUUUAAUGAGAUCGUAGAAUCCAAGAAAGGUGGUUGCUAGCAGGAUGGAAGUCAGCUACAAGACUGAAGUUAUUAUCUGUGUCACCUAGUCAUAAACAUCCCACCAUUCACCACCUUCUGCUGGCUAAAAUAAGUUCUCACGCUUAAGAUUGCAUGAAGCUGACGAUUACAAGACAGGGACCAGUGACGGAAGUUUAGAGCUGUACUGCAUAAAAGAAUUGAUAAGAAUGAAGUGGCUAAGACUUGACAGAGAGCAGUCAUGGUAGCAUGCAUCCCUUAAGUGAUGUCCAUGAUUGUUGGCAGUAUUGUCAGUCAUAUAAAAGGAAGAUGAUCCGAUGGAAGUAAUAAAUGUAAAAAUGCUGCUUCUUUUUACAUCUCUGCAUUUACAAACCUCAGAGUAACCUCUUCGAGGUAAGAUCUAGGAGGUUAUAGUAAUUGGGAGGUUUUUGUCACUUCAUGACUGAAUUUCAUGAAUGUGGGUUGUUAAAACUUAACCGUUAAAGAAUCAGAGAGUGACUUCUUCAAAUUAAACAAAAAAGCAGAUCAUUUCGAAUCCCCUCUCUGACAAGAUUCAGGAUGAGCCACACAAUCUCAAGGAUAGCAUCAAAGACAGCUAGCCACCUGGGGAUUUGGCUUUUAUGUGUACACAUAUGUAAAGGCUGGGGCUGGGGAAGGGCUUGGUAGUUGAAGUGCAUGCUGUGUGAGCAUGAAGACCCAAGUUUGGAUCCCAGAACCCAUGUUAAAUGCCAGGUAGAUGGAGGGGCUCACCUGUGGUUCCGGCCUCUGGAGACAGAACCUGGAUGUCCUAAGCAAGUUGGCUAGUAAGACAUAUUGGGCAUAUUGCUGAGCUCUGGGUUGGAAUGAGAGACCCUACCCCAGUGUUUAGAGUGGAAGAGUGGUCAAAGAUGGCUCCUCAGAUAACCUAGGACCUCCACAUGCACCUGUGUGCAUGUUCACUACACACACGAGCCCACACACAUGCAAAUGCAUACCUCAUUCACACAAAUAUUAAAAAGAUUGACAAUCAGUAUACCUCUUGUUACUCAGGUUGCUGCAUUUUCAACCUGUGUUUCACGCUGGACAUCGUGACAUGACUCUGCUAGGACUUUGGUCAUUAUCGCGUUGAUGACUGCACAGUCCAGUCAGCAGUCGAUGAUGGCAGGACACCAACUCGUUGUUUAGUUAGAAAUGUAUUUAUUCAUUGAGACAGAGUCUUACCAUGUAGACCAGGCUGGCCCAGAACUCACAGAGAUCUGUCUGCCUCUGCCCCCAAGUGCUGGGAUGAAGGCGUGCGCCACCAUGCCUGGCUAACAUCAUCUUACAUUAGCAGAGGAAAGCAACAUGAACAUUGGUUUUUCUUUUCCAUGUGAACCACUUUUCGGUGUCAACAAGUGUUCAUCAAAUUCAGGUUUUUUUUUUCCCCCUAAGCAGAUUUCACCAGUAAAUGCAGAAAAACAGAGAUAGAAUGGGGGGGGGUGUCACCACUUUCUAGACUCUAGGGGAAUAGUGGGUUCAGAAAACGAACUUUAGUGAAUACUGGAUUUUUGUUGUUGUUGCUUUUGUUUGUUUUUUUUGAGACAGGUUUUUCAAUGUAGCCUUGACUGUCUUGGAGCUGCUCUGUAGACCAAGCUGGCCUUGAACUCACAGAGAUCUACCUGCUUCUGCCUCCCGAGUGCUGGGGCUAAAGGCGUGCACCAUCACCUCCUGGCUGAACACUAGAAUUUUUAUGUGAAAGAUUGUGUGACCACUUCUGGUCCCUUCAUUGACUUUGACCUCAAUAAAACUGUGACUCUCGGACAUUAGCCACCUCCUGAUAGGGUGCAGCAGGCCUGCCAAGGUGACCCAGCAGCUCACCUGCUGUAGGAGCCCGUUCCUACAGUCAGCUAAGGUACCUGGAAUGGGGGUCCUUAAGGCCAAAGGAUGUCAGAUGAAAGAAACUGAGACAUAAGAUACAGGAUAGAAUCUGGAGGUCUGUUUGGCAGUUGGUUGGUUAAACAAGCCUCCAAACAGCCAAGAAUUUAUUUUAAAACUUGCUUAUAUGCCAAGGCAGAACUAAGCACAGCACAGACAGUAUCCAACCACAAGACCAUUCCUGCCCUUGAGUGAGCAGCCUCCUACCUAACCUGCACUUGCUGCUCGGAAGCAGCCUCACUUUCUACCUUGGUGUUCCUGAGGCUUGUGGUCAGCAGAUAAGAACACUAGAUAGAGUGUUCUUAUGGGCAAAAUGGUCUUCUUCUUGGGCCAAAUCAGAAGUCUCUCACAACCUUCAAGGAUAUUGGAAAAAGAAGAGCAGACAAGCUUGAACUCAAAUGACUUAUAAAUCAGAAUGAACUCUGGAUGGAAACUGAGUCUCAUGGGCUCCCUCAAGUUUUCAAAUUCUUUAAAAUCAAGAGCUCCAGGAAUGGAUGGGCAGAGCAGAUUCAGCACAAGGAAGCAUCCAUUUUGACCAAAGUGAUAAAAUUCUCAGAACAACUCACCGGAACUCUCCAGCUUUGUGUGGCAUGAAGAAAAGGGGAGGCCAUGAAAACAAAGCUGAGGACACACAUUCAGGAAAAGUCUUUUGUAUAGAUCACAUUUGGGACCUUCAAAGAUAAAGGGACGUCCAAGGUCAGAGAACUGCCUGUUUUGUGUGUGUAUAAACUGGAAACUUUACAGAAUAAGAAGAGAACAGCAGGAGAAAAAGAUGCUGAUGCAGAAAAGUACAUUGUGGAGAGUUCAUUUCGCCCUCAGCUCUAAGUCCCAUGCUUGCUGUGAGUCUUCCUCUGGACAAGGGGGACACUGAGGCUGAUCUCAGAGCUCCCUGAUAUAUAACUAUAUUCAGUUUUGUUUUGUCUUUCCCCCCUCCCCGGAAGUUCUUCCAAAUCAUUUUCAUUGGGAGCCUCAGUAUGGUUUUAGUAAUUUUGGGAAGACGUGUAUUUCCUUUGUGUCUGCCAUGGGACCGGCACAUUUGGACUUUGUUUUGCUUUUCCUUUUUUUUCUAGAAAUUCAAGGGUUUUUUUUUUUUUUAUUUAAUCCAGCGUAGUGUACAAUAUUCAGGACAGGACUUAGUCAAGGGGCUGAAGGGUUGUUUCCUUUGUGGGGCUGAUGUUUAGGGCUAGUCCUAGUGUGCCUCCUGCUUGGUCUGUAGCUAGUGCUGAGGCUGUGCAACUCCCCGGGCCUAGACACCAUCCUCUGGACUACUCAGGCUUCCUCUCUGGACCUGCAACUUCACUGCGAUUUCUGCAACUCCCUGUAUGCCUUUAGUCAUAAACAGUCACUUUUUACUGGGACUCCACUGCUUUUGGCAGAUGCAACCUAGAUCCUUCAGCUGGCACAUACCAGGGCAGCAGACAUUUUCCUCUUGAGGUGACCAGUGUUUAGACUCUUCAUCAAUGGAACUGAGUUAGUGCGGCACUUCCCGACUUAUGCCAUAGUACAUCAGGCCUAUAGCUUUUAUACUUUCUUCCUAAGUUAAGCAUGGCUCCUGAGUUUUGCUAAAUGCUCUUUAAAUGAAAAAUCUUUAUUAAAUCCUUCAGUACUUAAAAUAUAUAGAUGUUAUCUGCUUCUGUUGUUCUCUCAGUGACCAUAAUACAUAAAAAUGGGAAAAAAGCAGACCCAGCAAGAAUUAGGUCUGUCCUUGUCACUCCCACACACUGUCCAUGUUAGAGCAGGAGGUUACUCAGAAGUCUAAAAGGCUAUGCGUCACCCAUGUGUACACUUGAGUUUGAUCUUGCAGACCCAGUGUUCUUUCCUCUGCAGGCCCAGGACACAUAGCUCCGUGAAGGAAAAGCAAGACUCCAUUAUAUUUUUCUGAAAUGAUUUAUUUUAUAUAAUUUCAACCAAAACUAAGCAAACAAAAAUCCAUGCUUAAAAAAUACUGGGCCAUCCUUACACACGCUACUGAGCCUCUCGAUUUUUAGGAAAGAAGACUUAAGGCAAUAAAAUACAGAAAACUACUUGGCAUAAAAGAUAAUCCAGAAACAAAACCAGUAAAACAGCAUACAAAAGCUAUUUAAAAUAAGGGCGAGGAAACUACACCUACAGGCACAAUCCACCAGCUGCCGUUCUGUGAAGGUUUGAUUGACACAGUAUAUCCAGUUUGGCCAGAAAGGUAACUGACAUCUUUGGAGAGUGACAUUAUUUUGCUUGGGGCUGUGCUGUGCAUCACAAGACACCGAGAAGAUCUCUGGCCUCUGCCCACGAGACACAAGCAGCAAUCAUCUUUAAAGUGACAAACAAAACGCCUGUGGACACUGGCAGAUAGAUGUCUACUGGGGAUGCGGCAGAAGCGGCCGAGAACCGCUGGCUCAAACGGGAUGCGUUUCCCUGCUGCAAAGGGUGCGUGGAAACAGGCUCCCAAAGCCUGAAAUACUGCCUGGCCCUUCAUAAAACAACAUUUGGUAACUAUUAUUCUAAUAGAAACAAGGGCAAACGACAUAUGCUAGACUAAGACAAUAAACUGCUAAUGUGGUAAUAGGAUCUAGCCACGUUUCUACAAAAAACAAAACAAACCCAACUCCAGUUUUUUUUUUUUUGUUUGUUUGUUUGUUUU